GUCGCCGCCGUCGUCGCCGUCGUCGCCGCCGCCGUCGCAACCCCAGAAACGCGAUAUCGUUCGGUCAGUCGGUCGGUGAACGCGCGGCCGUGUACGCACAGACGUCGACGCGCGAUACAAACUUCCCUCGGACCAACCCGACCGUUGUCGUCGUCGUGAUAGUGAUAUUUCGCCGGCGGUUUUUUUUUUUUUUUUUUUUUUUUUUCCUAAAACCCGUUUCGCUGAUACACGCGCAACGACACCACGGCUGAUGGUCGGUUCGGGUUUUUAUUUUUAAUUUUAAUUUUUUUUUCCCAUCCGUCGUGCGGCACUUCUGCGUAACGCAUUCCGGUGCCCGUCGCGGACAUGGGCCGCCGCUGCAGUCGCCACUGCGGCCGUGCCGCUCGUCGUCCGGCGGCCGGACCGCCGCUGAUCUCGCGUCCUGUGGCGUACAGAUGACUGCUGCAGGCCAUCCGGUAACCGGCGAUAGGACAAAAAGACGCUGCCGCCGCCACAAGACACCGCAGACACCGCGAUCGACCACGGCGGAGACGCUGCCACCGCCGCGGCGUCCGUGUCGCCACUGUUACUGCUCCGCUACGUGCCUCGAUGGACAAAAAACCUUCAACAUUUUCAAACCCAGAAACCAAGAAAUUGCUCUGCGUGAAAUGUUUUUUCACAUAAGGACUAAUAGAAUGAGACCGUGGCCACUGCUGCUCCUUCUGGCGUGGUGCGCUUCCGGCACCCUUGGGCAACGGCCUACGCCGAACAAGCGACACGACGUUUACAUAGCCGGGUUCUUCCCGUUCGGCGGUCGCGUGUCCGGCAGCAUACCUGAGGGUCGGGUCGGCCGAGGGGUCAUGCCCGCCGUCAAAUUGGCUGUGGACCAUAUCAAUGAGAAUCCCACGCUGCUGCGCAACUACCGGCUUCACGUAUGGUGGAACGAUACCCAAUGCAAUGCUGCAGUUGGUAUGAAAGCAUUUUUCGACAUGAUGCACGAAGGUCCACAUAAAGUAAUGUUGUUCGGUGCUGCUUGUACCCAAGUGACGGAUCCGAUUGCAAAAGCAUCCAAACAUUGGCGAAUCACUCAAUUGUCCUACGCAGACACUCACCCGAUGUUCAGCAGUACGGAUUUCCCAAACUUUUUCCGAGUUGUCCCAAGUGAAAACGCAUUUAACGCUCCUCGACUUGCACUGCUCAGACACUUCAAUUGGACUCGAGUUGGUACCAUCUACCAGAAUGAGCCAAGAUACGCGUUGGCACAUAAUCAACUAGUAGCGAUGCUAGAAAAGGACAAUUUUGUUGUGGACGACACACAAAACAUUGCCGGAGAUGUAUCUCUACCAAUCAAAAAAUUACAAGAGAAAGACAUCCGGAUAAUCCUGGGAAAUUUCAAUGAAACUUGGGCGAGAAAAGUGUUUUGUGAAGCUUACAGGGUCGGUAUGUUCGGUGGAAAAUACCAAUGGCUUAUAAUGGGAACUUACGGGCCGACAUGGUGGAAUGAAAUGAGAGCACCUUGUCCUGUACAACACUUAAGCGCAGCGUUGGAUGGAUGCAUACUUACAGAUUACUUACCUUUGUCCACUACAGGAGAAAUCACUGUUUCGGGAAUAACUUCCAAAGAGUACCAACAAGAGUACGACAUGAGACGCGGAGAAGAAUACUCACGGUUUCACGGGUACACGUACGACGGUGUGUGGACGGCGGCUUUGGCCAUUCAAGAAGUAGCCCGUAAAGUGCACCAAUCAUCGCACGAUAAAGGUACCCUUAACAGGACCAUUGCGGACUUUCAAUACAGGGACCGCGAGUGGGAGGAUCUCUUUUUGGCGGCACUCCGAGACACUAGCUUCGAAGGUGUAACGGGUCCGGUGAGGUUUUAUAACAACGAGAGGAAAGCCAGCAUACUACUGAAGCAAUUUCAAGGAAAUAAAGAAGUAAAAAUCGGUGAGUACAACGGAGUGACCGGUACAUUGGAUUUGAGCGUGGGGGAAGAAGUAAAGUGGAGAGCUGGCGGUAAAGGUCCACCCAAAGAUCGGACCCUGACUAUUUACGAGGACUCACACGUCAACGUAGGCGUUUACAUAGGACUCGCCGUUGCCGCGGUCGUUGGUAUUGUCAUAGCCACCGCUUUCCUCAUCGUAAACAUCCGGUACAGAGAUCAAAAAUACAUAAAAAUGUCCAGUCCACAUCUGAAUAAUUUAAUUAUCAUCGGCUGCAUGUUGACGUACAGCAGUGUCAUAUUUCUGGGCCUCAACAGUCAGAUGACUAGCGUUAACAUGUUUCCGUACAUAUGCGCUGCACGAGCGUGGUUGCUAAUGGCCGGGUUUUCGUUAGCGUUCGGCGCUAUGUUCUCGAAAACUUGGAGGGUGCACUCCAUAUUCACGGAUAUCACAAUCAACAAAAAGAUCGUAAAAGACACGCAACUCUUUCUCAUGGUGGGCAUAUUGUUAUGCAUCGACUUGGGAAUAAUGUUCACGUGGCAGUUUUCAGAUCCAUUUUACAGGGAAACUAAACAAAUGGAAUCAUACCCACACCCGCACAACGAUGAUAUAGUGAUCAUCCCGUGUAACGAGUACUGUCAAAGUGAUCACAUGACCGUGUUCCUCGCUAUCAUAUACGUCUACAAGGGAUCACUAAUGGUAUUUGGAGCUUUCCUAGCUUGGGAAACCCGACACGUGAGCAUACCUGCGUUAAACGACUCAAAAUACGUGGGUAUGAGCGUAUAUAACGUUGUACUGAUGUGCGUUGCUGGUGCAGCUAUCUCCUUCGUCUUGAGCGAUCAACAGGACGCGUCCUUCAUUAUCAUAUCAGUGUUUAUAUUGUUCUGUUCAACCGCCACGCUUUUCUUGGUGUUUAUACCAAAAAUCGUAGAGUUAAAAAGAAAUCCACAGGGAGUAGAUAAACGAAUACGAGCGACUCUGAGGCCAAUGUCCAAGACAUACAAGGACGUUUGCGAUACGGAAGAACAGAUUCGUGCGCAAAAGAACAAAAACCAGCAGUACAGGCAGCAACUACUGGACGUGGACAGAGAAAUCGACGCGAUGGUUUUAAAAAUCGAUACAUUCCGGGCUCUUAAGCAGUCAGAAUUGAAGCAGAAAAAAAUUAUGGCCGAAGAAAAACAAACCAAAGUCGACGUGAUACAAGAAGAAGAAUCCAACGGCGUUAUCGAAGUCGUCGUGCCUGAACAGUUUUCUCCGGAAAAAAAAACGUGUCAGAGACAUGCCAGAAUCCCAUCAAUAUCCAUUGAGCCGGCAAAAUCGCCUGACGAACUUGCGCGUUUUACGCCGUCUCCAACACGGUCGACGUGCGGCGGCGGUCAAAGGCGGUCCAGCAGUGGUGCGACUCCAACUGCGACCGCGGCCACGACCACUCCUCAACACCAGUCGGCCGCGAGUUGCGCGCACCGGCGACCGUCGAUGCCGCAGACCAAGAGGACGUGCCAGCAACCCACGUUCGUGCACCAGGACGAACUGUGGCUGACGCAAACGCAACGGCACGCGAACCGGUCGCCGCCGCCCGUAACCAGAGGCUUGCUCAACAAUAACGUCGAUUCGCCGACCGACGACGAGGAUGAUAGUUCAUCGUCACUCACGACCGCCAGUUCUAUGCACCGUUCGGUGUCGGAAAAAAGCGGAUCUUGCGGCGGCGGAGGUUCCUCGUCGACGUCUCGGAACCGCGGACCCGGUCUGAGACGUCCAUCUGCGCCGCACAUGCACAGCACACCGAACGUUUACCACGGACGGCGGCGCGAUUCGGGUGGCUCAACGAGCGGCGGUUCGCCCCCCACUAACGCGGCCGGUUCGCAUCCCGCCCUCGGCGGCUCGAGCAUGUCCCGCGUGAACACCCUGUCCGAGGGCGAGCUACUGGACGUGGCCAUACUGCCGAUUUUCCAGAAACUGCUGACCGAGAGACGGGCGCACGACUCCUCAUCCUCGUCGCACCACCACCACCAUCACCAUCAUCACCACCCCCAUUCCCAUCACACUAAUUCGAAUCAUCCCCAUCAGCAGACGCAGCAGCACCACAACCGGGCGUCGAUCGCGUCGUGUCCCAACAUUGCGGUCAAGUGCGACAUUGUCGAGUACCUCUAGUCAGCGUCACGACGAGGUUUCGGACACCGAGACGAUGUGACCACCGAAGGGUCGGAGACGACUACGACCACGACGACGAAGACAAAUCAUUCUUUACGGGGCCAAGAAACGAUGACGUUCCAACGCCACACUUGCUCGAGGCCGUUUAAAUCGUAUUAUUAUUAUUAUUAUUAUUAUUAUUAUUAUUAUUAUUA